AUGAUUUGGAUGAUGGUUAAAUAGAUGUGGUCUGGGGUCGUUAUUUGGUAAUCCAUUAUAGCCAAAAAAUUGAUUCGUUUCGAAUGUUUUGAUCAUCAUCAUUGAUGAAAAAAAAGUGAUGAGAAUAAAAUGCAUUCUUUUCAGAUUCAAACAAUUAUCAUCUGGUCAAUAUUAUCAUUGAAUACGAUCCAAAUUUGCCAAUGUUCAUCCGAUGUAUUGAAAAUAAGUGAAAUGGUACGUAAUAUGGUAAGCCGAAGACAUUAUAAUAAAGAUAUUCGUCCGGAUUAUGGUAGUGGACAACCAUUAAUUGUUAAUGUUCGAAUUGCCAUACAUGCUAUUUAUGAUAUAUCCGAUGUAAAUAUGGAUUUUACUAUCGAUCUACAUUUUCGUCAAUAUUGGCGUGAUUCACGUUUAAAAUUCGAACCAAUUGGAAAUGUUACUCGUUUGUUUAUGGGUGGUGAUUUUUAUCAAUUAAUUUGGUUACCGGAUACAUUUUUUUUGAAUGGAAAAUCAUUUCAAACACAUAAAUCAACUGCAUCAACCGGAUCAAAUACAUUAAUCGAAUUAGAUUAUAAUGGAUCAAUCCUAUACAGUACACGUAUGACUGUUGUUGCUAGUUGUCCAAUGGAUUUAUCAUAUUUUCCAGCCGAUCGUCAACGUUGUCAAUUAAAUUUUGGUAGCUAUGGCUAUACAAUCGAUGAUAUUAUCUAUAAAUGGUCAUCCGGUGAAAUUAUAUUAGAAGAUCGUAAUCUAGCAACAUUUACUGUUUCGAAUCUGAAUAAUAGUCAUAAAAUUCGUCAUAAUGAUGUUGGUACAUUUAGCCAUCUAAUACUUUAUAUUGAUAUUGAACGUUCAAUUGGUUAUUAUCUUUAUCAAACAUUUAUACCGGCAUUUCUUAUUGUUUUAAUAUCAUGGAUACCAUUUUGGCUUGGUCAUGAUGAUCAUGUUGAACGUGUUGCAAUCGGUGUUACAACAGUAUUAACAAUAACAACAUUAAUAACAAGUACAAUGGAAUCAUUACCAAAAAUUUCUUAUGUAAAAGCAUUAGAUAUUUAUUUAUUUGUUUGUUUUAUAAUGGUAUUUUUAUCAUUAAUUGAAUAUGCAAUGGUUGGUUAUUAUGAACAUUCACAUCGUUAUCGUUUUAUACAUCGAUGUUUAUGUUUGUCCAAUACGAAUACGGCUGUGGUGGCUGGCCAAUCACAACAAUCAACGAAUCAACAACAACAACAGAAUAUUCUUGAAUCAAGAAUAUUUUUCGAUCAACAAUCAUCAAAAAUUGAUUAUUAUUCACGUUGGUUAUUUCCAAUCAUAUUUAUUUUAUUCAAUACUAUUUAUAUUUGGUUUAUGAUUAGUGUUAAAGAAUUUUAUCAUCAUGAUAUUUGAUUGAAAUUAAAUAUUCGAUUGAUC